CACACAUUUCCCCCUCACUAUCCUCUUCACCGCACUUAUUAUUCCCACGUUCUCUUUAAUUCAAUCCCCCUUUUAUUCUUCCAUGGAACCCAACCUCGGCUUCCUCGGCGGCGGCGGCGGAGGGGACGCAGAGCUCGAGCUGGGCCUGGGCCUCAGCAUUAGGACCGGGCCCAAGCCUGCUCUGUCUAAGGGAGGAGAAGAAGAGUGUGGAAGAAUCUUCACUGCCAAGGACUUUCUGAAUGGGUUUCAUACUUCUAGGCCGAAUGCUGCUGCUUUUUCUGGGGCUAAAAGGACGGCGGAAUCUGUGGCUGGACCGCCUUCCACGGCUGUGAACAGGGGCACCAGUCAGGUGGUGGGAUGGCCACCCAUUAGGUCCUAUAGGAUGAAUAGCUUGGUCAGCCAAGGGAAAGCUCCCAAUGCUGAAGAUGAUACUGUGGGAGUUGCUGGGAAUGAGAAGAAGAAGGAAAACUCAAUAAAUAAAAUGAGCAUGGGAAACAACAAUGAUGAUGGUUGUGCUGUCAAAGAAAAGGGAAAUAUUGGAUUUGUGAAGGUGAACAUGGAUGGAUUGCCAAUUGGGAGAAAAGUGGAUGUGAGUGCACACACCUGCUAUGAAUCUUUGGCCGAAAUGUUGGAGCAGAUGUUCUUCAAGUCCGGAAGUAAUGAUGCUAUGAAUGCAUUUCGCGGAGGGAAGGAGCAAAGAGUGAGACAAUCUAAGCUUUUAGAUGGAUCUUCUGAGUUUGCGUUAACAUAUGAGGAUAAAGAAGGAGAUUGGAUGCUCGUGGGCGAUGUCCCCUGGGGGAUGUUUCUUAGCACAGUGAAAAGGUUAAGAAUCUUGAAGACUUCUGAGGCUAAAGGACUUGCUCCAGGGAUCCAGGAAAGGCAUGAAAGAUAUACUGGGAAACGAAUCUGAGCUUUAAUCAUCCACAAAUCUCAUUGUGGUUGCCUUGUUUCUGUUUUUUUUUUCUCUUUUCUUUUAAAUAUUUGCACCCACGUUCCCAUUCUUGUAUCCGUAUAA